UUGCUGUCUGGGAUUAGAUUAUUGUUUUUUGUUCGUGCAAGAUAUGCCGGCAGAUAUGGUAGAUUAUACUUAUAGUUACGCAACAGGCAUUUAUAAGCUCUUAUUAAGAGCUCUCUUAAAGCCAAUUGCGUUUAGAAAGUUUUCUGCAUUUGGGAAAGACGCACGCUGAAGUUAAUUCUAAUCGAAGAAUGGCUAUAAUUUCCUUAAUCCUAGGCCUGGUGGCCGUCGGUCUUUUCUACACGUUCAUAACAUGGAACUUUGAUUACUGGAGCAAACGAAAGGUGCCGGGUCCUUCGCCCAGAAUCCUUUCGAUAUUUACGAAUUUUUCAAUGUUUAAAAGACAUCCUUUGUAUGGUCUGAUCAAUGUUUACAACCUGUACAAAUAAAAAUACGAUGCCGUGGGCCUUUUUGGUGGUCGACUUCCGCAAUUGCUGAUAAUUAAUCCGGAACUGGCUCGUCGUGUUUUCGUGGCCGAUUUCAGGAGUUUUCAUGACAACGAGGUGGCCAGGUUCUUGGACGAAAAGUCGGACUAUAUAUUUGCUAAUAAUCCAUUCUCCCUGACUGGCAAGGAUUGGAAGGACAGGCGAGCGGAAGUAACUCCUGGACUGACAAUGGGAAGGAUAAAAACAGUGUAUCCUGUGACCAAUUCUGUGUGCCAAAAAAUGGGUGAAUGGAUCAGCAAGCAGAUACGCCUUGGAUCCUCUGAUGGUAUUGAUGCCAAGGAUUUGAGCUUGCGAUUUACUUCCGAAAUGGUCACUGAUUCUGUUUUGGGCCUGAGUGCUGAAAGCUUCUCGGAUACCCCCACGCCGGUCAUGUCCUACAUAAAGGAAAUGUUUGUCCAGCCUUGGUCCUUCAUACGAUCCUCCAUGCUGGUCAGCUCUUUUCCACUGCUGAGCCACCUAAUCAAAGUGAACUUCGUCCCGAGGCACGUGGAGCAGUUUUUCCAGGGGCUAAUGGGCAGAGCGAUAGAGGCGCGUCGGACUCAACUGGCCGGUGAUAAGAAGUUCCAGCGGACGGACUUGCUCGAGUACAUCAUGCAGCUGGCCGAGAAGAAGGAUCUCGACACUCGACAGGUUCUCACUCGCAUGAUGUCCUUUCUGCUCGGUGGCAUAGAGACGACGGGCGGGGUACUGGCCCACAUGUUGCUGCUGCUGGGACGCGAUCAGGAGGCGCAACAGCGCCUACGAGAGGAGAUUCUGCCACGUCUGCAGAAGGGCACUAUUCCCUUCGACGAGAUCAACAACUUGCCAUUUUUAGACGCCUGUAUGCAGGAAUCGAUCCGCCUUUUCCCGCCAUUCUCCACGUCCAGCCGGCUCUGCACCGAGACCAUUGAACUGCCCAACAAGGAUGGGCCCAACUUUGUCGUAGACAAGGGCACCACCGUCAUCGUGCCCCUUUACUGCUUCAUGCAGGACGAGGACUUCUUCCCAGAUGCCCAGGCUUUCAAGCCGGAUCGCUUCAUGGAACCCGAUGCCGCCAAAAAGUAUCGGGAAAGUGGUGUCUUUAUGGGAUUCGCAGAUGGUCCUCGAAUCUGCAUUGGUAUGCGAUUUGCUACAGUUCAGGUCAAGGCAGCCAUCGUGGAGAUUCUCUCCAAUUUCAAUGUCCGAGUCAACCCCAAGACCCGCAAGGAUAACGAGUUCGAGCCGAUCGGUGUCCUCACUGACCUGCGAGGAGGCGUUUGGCUUGACUUUGAAUCUCUCGUAAAAUAG